CUGUGGUUUGACUGUCUUGUACGCAAGAGCACGAGGGUUGUGGAGAUUAGCACAUGCUGUGUUGAUCCAAUUUUGUGGAGGCAGGUUGGAAAGGAUCGGCGGCGAGGGAAAUGAGCGUUGUUGUCACUUCUUAUACUUGUUUUGUAUCUGUAUUUGGGAUUUGAGUGGCGUUCUGUUGUGUUUUAUUUAUUUAUAUUUAUAUUUUUGUAAUUUUUUUGUUGCCCCCCUUGGUAUCGAACUCGCGGUUUCAGGGAUAUGUCGUUUGUGGUUUUAGGAGUUUGGUCGCGAAUGUUUGUGUUUUAGCUCCACGCGAGUUCGGGAUCUGUGAUUAUUGGGAAUGGGAGGAGUGUGUGGCGUUAAGAAUCAUUGUUUACUUUAUUUUCUGGGAUGAGAUAGAGUGGAGUGUAGAAGAAGUGUUUAUUUUCUUCUGUGAAGAGGUGGUCACGUCCUAGCCAAGGCCCUCGGAAGGUUUUGGAGUCCUAGUGAAUGUGUGAGGCUUUGGAGAUUACAGAAAAAAGUGAGACACAGUGCUUUGGCACGGCUCGGCGAUCUGGGCCAGGUUUGUGAGGGGCAAAUAUGUGAGAGAGGUCUCCUCGCAUGAUUGAUUGUGGAGCCAGUGGCGAGAUUUUCGCUUAGGUUCUCUUAUUUUCACGCAUACUAAUAUCUUGUCUUUUCGCCACCCUGCAUUGCAAGGCUUAGUCGAAGGGUUGUUUAAUAUAGAGAGUGAGAUGGGGGAUUCGAAUAAUAUUCGCAAGCCGUGCACUCGGAUGCGACUUUGGGAGCUUCCGGACAAGUAUGUUUUGGAGCCUACCGAUCACAUGGCUACUGAGUAUCUUUCAAUUGAUCGUUCUAGCGGUGACUUGAGCUACACGAAUCAGCUUCCAGACGACAGUAUACCACAUGCGCAAAUCGUCUUCGGAUUGGUGGGAAUUCUCCGUCUUGUUGCAGGUGCCCAUGCUCUUGUAAUUACUGGUCGUGACUCUUUGGGCCUGUAUAAAGGCAACCCUAUUUACCGUGUGACUGCUAUGAAAGUUCUCAGCUGCAACAAUAACCUCCACCAAGCAACCCCUGAAGAGAAAAAAGACGAGGCACACCUCGUGGGCUUGUUGAAGACUCUCGAAUCGACGCCCGGACUCUAUUUCUCUUAUGAUGUCGAUUUGACACUGAACGCAGGAACAUUUCAAGAUGUUGCUAAGUCAGAACAUCCCUCCGUUUGGAAAUACGCAGAGGACAGAUAUCUAUGGAACAAGAAUUUAUUGCAGGAUUUGAUUAACCAAAAGCUGGAGCCUUAUAUUCUGCCUGUGAUCCAAGGCAGUUUCCAAACGAUUGAGACUGUUGUGAAAAACAAACCCGUCAAGGUAUCUUUAAUUGCAAGGCGUUCUAUGAAACGUGCUGGGACACGGAUGUGGCGAAGGGGUGCUGAUCUAGAUGGCAAUGUUGCCAAUUUCGUGGAGUCCGAGCAAAUACUUGAAUCGCAGGGUUUUUUUGCUUCCUAUACACAGGUGAGGGGUUCUAUUCCAGUAAUGUGGGAGCAAGUUGUAGAUCUUUCUUACAAGCCUCAGAUCAAGACUGUCAACUAUGAAAAUACGCCUAUAGCGGUAGAGAGGCACUUCAGGGAUUUAAGAAAGCGCUAUGGUGAUAUACUGGCUAUUGAUCUGAUUAACCAGCAAGGUGGCGAAAGCGUCUUAAGCGUAGCUUAUAGGGAAGCCAUGGAAAAAUUAUCAGAUGAACAUAUUAGAUAUCUUCCAUUUGAUUUCCAUAAGAUUUGUGGCCAUAUCCACUUUGAGCGCCUGUCUGCUUUGUAUGAUGAUAUUAAGGAGGAAUUGAGUAGGCAAGGAUGUUACUUGCGGGACCCAAUGGGCAAAGUACUGGAGGUACAGAAAGGACAAGUUAGAACUAACUGUAUCGAUUGUUUGGAUCGUACUAAUGUGACACAGAGCUUACUUGGACGGAAAGCUCUUGAGGUUCAGUUGCAACGGAUUGGAAUUCUGGAACCAAACAAUACCAUUCAGCAAUUUGAAAGUUUGGAGGAGAAGUUCAAACUGUUGUGGGCUGAUCAUGGAGAUCAUAUAAGCAUUCAAUACUCUGGCACUGGAGCUCUCAAGGGCGACUUUGUAAGAUUUGGAAAGAGGACAAUUCGGGGUAUUCUUCAAGAUGGUCUCAACUCCGCUACCCGCUACUAUCUUAACAAUUUUCGAGAUGGAAUCAAACAGGAUAGCAUUGAUCUUGUAGCUGGUCACUACCAAGUCAAACGAGGAACUCCAGCAUCUCUCCAGAUAAGCUGGAAAGAGACCUUCGCGUUGCCGGGCGCUCUAGCUACAUUUAUGGCAGGCGCUUACUUCACCAGUGUUUCUGUCCGGCAAUUAGGCACCGACAUGUACCAGUAUCUUUACACACUUAUGCUGGCGGGUGUGACGGGUGGCGUCGUAGCGUUGGUUCGGCAACAGGGUCGUAAUCUGACUGUUCGUCCACGCCUUUGUAAAAUGGAUUAAAUGUACCAUUCAUGUUGCACAACUUCGAACACCAUCCGAAUUAUCUAGAUAGAGUUGUGGGAAGUUAGUGAUCGUCUGUUCAUUUUUUUUCAAUAGGACCAAACAUCCAAUGCUUUAUGCUGAAGGUUGAUAGCUUUUGAUUUUAUUGUGAUUGGAGACUAGUGAAGAUUCCACAUGCAAUCUUCAAUAUGGACUCGACAAUUAUGGCAUGUAUUUUCCUUAGUGGUAUUGCAAACGAACAUGUUAUUCUCAA